CCUAAAGAGCAGGAGUGGAUAAGAAAAGAAUAUAGAAAGAGAAUAACCAAGGCAGGAGAGGGAGGAGGGGAGCCGAACCAAGUUUACUUUUGCCUACCUCCCGAAUUCCCGCCAGUUGUUCCCUGGACGUCAGUAGAGGUACACGCGCGCCCCUUCCCAGCCCGGCCUGACCAACUCUGGCUCGACCACGCCGUCCUACCAGGUGUCUUCCCGUGUGUGUGCGACUCAGGUGUGCUACAUUGUACAUGUGUGGUGGUGCCCUUGGAGAUACAAUAACCUGUCGAAGGGAAAGUUGUUUGAAAUCUGUGGAAAAGUAAAAAAAGUUUGCCCCAUUCGGAAAGUGGAAUGUGAUCACCAAUGAUCUUCACGCGCUGAAGAUGAGAUGAUUCUUUCUGGUGGAGGUGGACCUCGAGUGCCGUGAGUGCCACCCUCGCUCGCAUCAAGUGUGAGAGGUGAAGUUAGUGAGUGUUUGUAAAGGGCGGCCUGUGUGACGUGUAACGGUGAAGCUUUGAAAAGUUUUGCAGAAGUUAAUGACAAAGUUACUGAAGUGCAGUGCGUGACGUCAUACGUAACACACAAGCCAGGCGUCACGAAGGCAGCACUCUGUGGCACGAGGAUACUCCGUGAAGGGCUUGGCUCUGUGCGACACCGCUCAGCCGACCCUCCUCACCGCAGCCCCGCGGCAGCGUGCAGUGCGUGGGGCCGUAAUUCCCGUGUGUGUCCUGCAUGGCCGCGUAGAGGGACUGCCACAUAAGCGUCACAGACCACAGUGCCCUCCAGUAGCAGCCGCCCCACGACCACCUACCACGAGCAGCGCGUCCCCGCGUCAGCGCUGCCGGCAAACUGGGUCCCGCUCACACCAGGUUAUAUGAAUCAAAUUGAUCCGUCUCUUUACAAUUCGGGUGCCGGACUUUAGGCGUGUCCGGAAUGGUGGUGUGCCCGUGGUAAUCGCCAUCAUCACAAUGGUCUACAUGGCUGUACGAGCGGUCGUGGGCGUGUGGGCGUGGCUGGUGCUCAUGGGCGUCCUGCCCCAAAGCCAAGUCACAGGCACCCGCCCCAUGUACAUCUACACGCAGGACAAUAUCUCCACUCUGGCGGCCCCGCCGCCCAUCUAUGCUGUGUCGUCCUGCCCCGCCCGCUGUACCUGCGUCGGCACCACCGUUGACUGUGCCAGGAGAGGACUGAUGAGGCUAACCAGGGGCGUCCCCAACGAGACACUGCGCCUGGACCUGCAAGAAAAUGACCUGACUGCCGUGUACUACUCAGACCUCGCCGGCCUUACCGAGCUGCUCAUCCUGCAACUCCACGACAACAAGCUGCACACAAUCGAGCAGGGAGCGUUCCAGGAUCUGCACAAACUGGAAAGACUGAGUCUGGACAACAACCAGCUGCAGCACCUCCCGGACAACCUCUUCGCCAACUGCCCCAACCUCUACAAGCUAGAGCUGAACCACAACCAGCUUAAGAUCAUCGACAAGAACACCUUCAAGGGACUCUCGCAACUUCGCUACCUACAGUUGGAUGAAAACCAAAUUAACUGUAUCGAUGAGCAAGCCUUCAGAGGUCUGGAACUGUUGGAGAUAUUAACUCUGAAUAACAACAACGUCACCACGAUAUGGAGAGGCACGUUCCAGUCCAACCCAAGACUCCGCGCUCUCAGAAUUGCCGGGAACAAGUUGAUCUGCGACUGUCACCUGUCAUGGCUGGGGCGGACGCUGGCGGCGGCUCCCUACCUCACCCAUUACGUGCGCUGCUCCUCCCCCUACCGCCUCAAGGACAGAGUGGUGACGGAGGUGUUCGAUCACGAGUUUAAGUGUGCUGCGGGUCUCGUGGACAACGUGGACCGGGGCUGCUCCCUGGCCCCUGUCUGCCCCCGGGCGUGUCGCUGCGGCGCCGGCAUCGUGGACUGCCGCGACACUGGCCAGGCUGAUGUCCCCACCCACAUCCCCGAGGACACCAUUGAGUUGCGUCUAGAACACAACGAGAUCACGCACAUUCCCUCCAAGAUCUUCACACCCUACCGCCUCCUGAAACGCAUUGACCUGAGCAACAAUGAGAUCAGUGAGAUAGCAGACGAUGCCUUCCACGGACUGGACAGCUUGAACUCUUUAGUGCUGUACGGAAACAAGAUCACUAGCAUUUCCUCCCGCCUGCUGAGUGGCCUGACCAACCUACAGCUGCUCCUCCUCAACGCCAACCAUAUCCAGUGUGUGCACCACGAUGCCUUCAAGGACCUCCGCAAACUAAGCCUCCUGUCGCUGUAUGACAACCAGAUAAUGAACCUGAACAAUGGAACCUUCUCUCCUCUCAUCACCAUUGAGACCAUGCACCUUGGAUCCAAUCCUUUUGUGUGUGACUGUAACUUAGCCUGGAUGGUAGAGUACCUCACAGCAAAUCCAGUUGAGACCUCUGACGCUCGCUGCCAGGAACCAAGCCGGCUCUCUAGGAAGCCUUUCCAGAGGCUGAGAUCAGAUGGCUUCAGGUGCACAAAUGAGCUGCGCGCCAAGUAUGCCGGUCGCUGUGAUGAAGUGGACCUGUGUCUGAACCGCUGUGCCUGUGAGAGCUCUAGGGUUGACUGUUCUGGCCGAGAACUCACCGCUGUGCCCAGUGAUAUCCCCAACACCACAACAAUGCUGGAUCUGAGUUACAAUCAACUGUCUCUGGAUGGAACAACAAGCAUGCGUCGCCUUAAAAGUCUGAGUCACCUUGACUUGUCUCACAAUCGCCUCACUUACCUCAGCCCUGAGUUCUUCCGAGGUGCUCGCUCCCUCACCCACCUCACUGUGACCCACAACAAACUCAUUCAGGUGCCCGAGGAGGUAACCCGUAGACUCAGAGCGGUGACACACCUAGAUUUGUCUGGGAACCACAUCAGCUGCUUGUCCAAGAAGAUCAUCGAGCACAUGCCAAGACUGGAGCACCUGGACAUCUCCUCCAACCCUCUGAACUGUGACUGCCGAGCGUCCUGGAUGAGGGAGUGGAUGCUGCAACACGAGGACCGCCAGCCGCCAACCUGCCACCUGCCGGCCUCACUCCGGGACAGCCCUGUCACUAAGGUUGGCGCGCAGCUCCUCACGUGUCAAGGAGCUGUGCCAGAUGAUGACUGCCAGGGCUCAGUGUACUGCCCACCAGAGUGCCAGUGUGACAGAACAACUGUGCGCUGCUCCCGGGCACACCUCACCCAGAUCCCACGUGGCAUCCCCCCUGACACCACCGAGCUGUACCUGGACGUGAAUGAGAUCAAGACUGUUGACUCGGAGCGUCUCAAACACCUGAAGGCAUUGAAGAAACUGGACCUGAGCAACAACAAGAUCACAAUCCUUGCCAACAAAACUUUCUCAGAGUUAACCCAGCUGUCAACCCUCAUCAUAUCCUACAACAAACUGGGCUGCAUGGAGAGAGACUCGCUGCUCGGUCUGCGGGGGCUGCGGCUUCUGUCUCUUCAUGGCAAUGGGAUUUCUUUCAUACCUGAGGGCACCUUCAGGGACCUGGAUGGCAUAACUCACAUAGCUCUGGGAGCCAACCCUCUGUACUGUGACUGCUCCAUGGCCUGGCUGUCCCGGUGGAUCAAGGUGGACUUUGUGGAGCCAGGCAUCGCCCGCUGUGCAGACCCAAGGCCCAUGAGGGACAAGCUUAUCCUAACAACACCUGAGGAAAUGUUUGUUUGUAAUGAACGAGUCCCUGAUGAUGUCUUGGCCAAGUGUGACCUGUGCUACACUCACCCCUGCCAGAAUGGGGGAGAGUGCAGGUCUAGUCCUGGCCAUGACUAUGAGUGUCGAUGCUCGGCAGGAUUCCAUGGCCCAGAGUGCCAGUACAGAAUUGAUGCCUGCUAUGGGAAUCCAUGUAAUAAUGGUGGGACUUGCAAGGUGUUUGAGACCGGCAGAUAUGCGUGCCACUGUCCCUCUGGUUUUGAGGGAGGUCGCUGUGAGGUCAACAUUGAUGACUGCGCCAACCACAAGUGUGUCAAUGGCGCCACCUGCGUUGAUGGCUUGAACUCUUACUCGUGCACCUGUCCGGCUGGCCACACCGGAGAGUUUUGUGAGAGAAAGAUUGCCUUCUGCACCAAGCAAUUCAAUCCUUGUAAGAACGGAGCAACUUGUGUCAACCAUGGCACCAGCUAUGAGUGCCAGUGCACCCUCGGCUGGUCUGGCAGCAACUGCACUCAGAACCUUGACGAUUGUGCCAACCACAUGUGUCAGAAUGGGGGGCAGUGUAUAGACGGUAUUGGGGAUUAUGAGUGCAAAUGUUCUGGGGACUGGAGUGGACGGUACUGUGAACUUGGACCAUCGGUGCUGCUGCAGACAGAGCCUUGCCUGCAGCACGACUGUCGCCAUGGAGUGUGUAUGGUGCCUCAGGGAGAGAUGGAGUACGUCUGCAAGUGUUCACCAGGAUACUCAGGUAAAUACUGUCAGCAUAUGACAUCUGUAAACUUCAUAGACUCAAGCAGCUUUGUUCAACUCACUGCUCCACCUGUGAGGCCAUCAAUCAACGUCACCAUACGAUUCACCACUCGGUCUCCCAACGGUGUGCUUUUCUACCUGGGCGAGGAGCAGCAGCACCUGGCUGUGGAAGUGUUCAAGGGUAGACUGCGAAUCAGCUACGAUGUUGGGAACCAUCCAGCAUCUACAAUGUUCAGCUAUGAGUUGGUGAGUGAUGAAAAAGAGCACACUGUAGAACUGUUAUCGGAACGUCAGAACUUCACACUGCGUGUUGACAGUGGCUUGGCGCGCUCCAUGGUCAAUGCUGGUGACCUGGAGUACCUAGAAGUGAAUGCCCCAGUGUUCUUGGGCGGCGUGCCUCCUGAUGUUGGCCAACAUGCACAGAUGCAGUGGCAUCUGCGGAACUCCAGCAGCUUUAAGGGCUGCAUGAACACUGUGGAAGUUAAUGGACGGCUGCAGGAUCUGAGUGAGAGUGAGAAGCAAAACAAGGUUGUGCCGGGGUGUGGGGAUGCCGAGCAGCAGGACCAGGGUGCCAUCAGGCCAGCUCCAGCCACUCAGGCCCCUCAGCAAGCCAGAGCUGCACCCAAAGCACAGAGAGCAAGAGGAGGAAAUGAGGCAUGUGUCAACCACCAGUGUGAGAACGGCCGGUGUCGCCCCAACCGCCGCGGCACAGGCUACAGGUGCAGGUGUAAGAAGGGAUGGAGUGGCAAGUUUUGUAAUGAAGAUAACAGUGCGUGUGCAAACAACAGAUGUGAGAACGGCAGGUGUCGUCCAAAACGCAAGACUGGAGGUUACAGGUGCCGCUGUAAGAGAGGCUGGAGUGGCAAGUUUUGUAAUCAAGAGCCCACAUGCAGCCGGGAGAGAGAGAAGGCCUUCGUGUACGACUACGGCUGCCGCUCCCGCCGCCCCAUCAGGCAAUACACCUGCAAUGGCACCUGUGGGAAGGACUGCUGCCAGCCCAAGCGGUACCACAUGAAGCGAGUGGCCAUGAUCUGCAAUGAUGGGACUAAAUACAUGAAAGAUGUGGACAUUGUGAGGAAGUGUUGGUGUUCACGUGACUGUGAAGGAAUGUAAAUGUGAAUGUUGCCAGUGAGUGGUGGGAAAACCUUGCACAUAUUAUGGAGAACUUGACAUGUGGUGGAUUUCCCAUUGGAAAAACUGGACAUGUACAGUUAUGCUAAUGUGUCUUCAGGAGAUCUGAAAUGAAAAGAAUAAUACAUUUUCGUAAUGGAAAUGUGUGUGACAGUGGUAUUUCCCAGAUGUGAUUAUUGCACGCACAGAGGAAACAGGAAAUAUUUGUUCAGGAGUUUGCAGUACAGAUUGCAGUACUUACAUGUAAAGUUAUUAUAGACUGAAUAAAUUAUUUGACUAGAAGUACAUGAAAUGUGAACUCUAAUAUGUAAAAUAGGUUGGCAGUAAAUGUUUCUUUGGUAGUGUUAACUUACUGAACUAUAUAAGCUUUAUAUACGUGCAGUGAAUAUAUCUUUGUAAAUAAUGAUAUUGAUACUAAAUGCAGUGAAGCAUAGAUUAAUAGAUAAGCUUGGAAUAUAUACAUAUAUCUGUGACCAUAUUAAUUCAGAUACCAGUUUAUUCAGAUAUAAAAAGUUAUCCUUGAAUGUGUACUGCAUUUAUGUGGAGGACGUCUCUGUUUUCCUCUGUUAUUACAGAGCGUGUACGCAUGUACAUUGAGUCAGUAUAUUUACUGUAAUUAGUGUCUGAAUUUAUUGAACUCAUCACAAUUGAUGAGAGUGUCACAAAUGAAAAUGAUGGUUUUAGGGGACAAGUGUUUGGCCCUUGGAAAGUUGGAAAGAGAGAGUGGUUCUCCUGUACUGGAAUGUGUGAUGCUUCCUGGCACAGACCGAGUGUGGCAGGCAGGCAGAGCAGGAGCACAGGAGGUAUUGUACAACUUAGAUUUUCAUAGUAGUACUCCUAGUACUUACGAUAUUUAACAUUCUAAUGUUACUAGAAAGUGUAAUGAUAAAAAAGUGGCCCAACAUUACAUCACAUCAUGACUUUGAAAGGACAGUAAGAGAAACAAAAAAUUAUCCCUGAGUGGAAUUGAUAUAGUCCUUAUGUUUUCAGGAAACAGCUGUGUGUACCUCAGAAGUGCAUUGUGUCAUUUGCUGCCAGUUAACUUAGUCAUUGUACUGAUUGUUUUAUUGUAAUGUUAUCAAGCAGUAAUUAUAAAUUGUAUCAGUCAUGUAACUACUAAAGUACAUAGAUUAUCAUUCCACAAUAAUUGUGAGGUACUGUGCCAUUAAUUUAUCUGGCUUUUUAACCAUCUAGUUGAUGUGUUCAUGGAAAUCUAACAUUAGUUCCCAGUCAUUGUUCAGGAGUUGGCAGGACUUAAGUGUCUGGAAAGUAUCCUACUUGUGAAUAAAGUUGGAUAGUCUUAA